AUGAGCAGCUCGCCGCGCCACCGCGCCAUCAGCCCGCCCACUCCGGCACCAUCGCCUCAGCCCGAUCUGCACACUUCCAUACGUCUCGCCAACAAUGCUGCCGCAGUGGCCGUCGCAGCCACCGCAGCCACCGCAGUCGGAAACCCGUCGUCGUCUUCCAGCUCAGCUGCGCAGCACGCUCUCGCCAUUGACCCCAACGAUCCGUCGCAGCUGCUCAAACAUCUGUCUCUCGUCCUCCCCCAGUACACACAGUCGGCGCGGUUCAAACUUGUCUCUCAACUUACCGACCUCUUCAGCCUCCGCGAACUGGCUCACCUCUCGUCCGUCAUCACACCCAAGCUCAAGGUCGACUUUCUCUCCGCACUUCCCAUCGAAGUUAGCCUCAAUAUUCUCAGCUUCAUCGAUGAUCCGAAAACGCUCGCACGCGCCAGCUGCGUCAGCCGCUUUUGGAGGAGUCUCGUCAACGACGAGCACACCUGGAAGGUCAUGUGCCUCAAGCACAAGUAUCGUAGGCGCGGCAGCAGCAACGCCGCAACUCUCUCGCUCGACCACCGUCUCAUGCGAUCCAUCGCCACAUCGUCUCUCGCUCCAUCCCUCUCCACGCCCAGCAUCCACCCUACACCGGCAUUCACCUUGGCUGGUGCACGUACAGAUCCACCAUCAGUUCCGUCUGCAUCGGCUCCAGCCACAUUGUCCAAUUCAAGGAGCAAUGCUUCCAGCUCACUCGGCGUUCUUUUUGAGCAGCCGCUCCGCGCCACCGCAUCCGGCGAGCAUGCCGAUGACGCUCAAGACUUUGACAACGAUGAUGAUGCCGCCGUGCUCGCUUCGCUCUAUCAGCGCUACCGAGAUCGAGGCCUUGAUCCUUCCAACGCCCUUCACGAGCUGCGCACUCUCCACGAUCUCUUUCUCAGCAAGCAGGACGGUGCUCACGGCAGUCUCAAUGCGCCCAUGUCGGAAGCUGAUCUUGCCUUCUACGCUCAGCUCGAAGAGAUUGUCGAAGAAGAGAGUCGCGCACGCUACGGAGACGAGCCUACUAUGAUCGAUGACUUCGCCGCUCUUCAUUCCACCUCUGCCUCCUCCGCCGCUGCUCCCGCCUCUCCGUCUAGCUCACGGUUGUUGCUCAUAUCAAAUACCGACGUCUCGGCCACCUCAUCUGCAUCUCACCUCGGAUGGUUGAGCGCACGACCCGCCUCCGCUUCUGCCUCCCAGCAGACAAGAGCAAUCGCUUCGUCUCCUUCGCCUGCUGCUCCGACAUCUUCCCACCACGCCCUCAGCGGAGCUUACCGAACAGCUUCCGGCCGACUCGAUCGGUUGAGCGGAUGGCAGCGCCAACAGUCAACGCCCGCUGCUUCCACCGCACCUCGCUCCGAUUUACCCCAGCGGUCCGCUCUCCUCGUCGCCUCCGCCGACCCGGCUACUCCUGCCGCCCAGGAGACCAACCGCCUCAGUGCCGAGCUUGACGAAGCUAUGGACAUGGACGACCAGGACAUCCUUGCUUCUUCAUCGUCCUUCGCAGAUGCACCAUCGACCCAACCCGUCGGUCAUCCUCCUAAUGCGCCCCAACUUGCGUCGCUGCCGCACUACGCUUCGCCCACCGGCCGAUUUUCUGCAUCGGCGGCAUCUCCAUCUGUAAACACGCAAGCCGCGGCCAGAGCCAAUGCAAACCCUUUCUCCUUGGUCCCCGGUCCUCGCGAACUUCGCCGCAAUCCGCUCCCGAGGCAACAACGCAGGAGUUCCACGUUGCUUUCCGCCUCCACCGGCGAUAGGCACGAUUCAAUUUCCUCCACUGGCCACAACCUGGUGGCUGGUUCUGCUUUGCGUUCGCCUCUCCGGGAGCGUUCAUCCGUCACUGCCGGCCCAUCGCGCCCCUCCGUCGCUUCACCUCCAACCGCAGCACACAUCCACCGCCACCGAUCUGCCAAGUUGCCGUUCAGCUACCGCACCCAUUUCAAGAUGGCUUACCUCACCGAGUCCAACUGGCGCAAAGGCGGUCGACUCCAGACGCAGCACGUCUCAGCGGAUGCGGGCCAUGUCGUCACCAGCCUGGCCAUUGACAGUCAAUGGAUCGUUGUCGGCAUGGCCAACUCCAAGAUUCACGUCUUCAGCGCCGAGACUGGACUCUAUGCACACACACUUCUCGGUCACGAUGCAGGAGUCUGGUGUCUCACCCUCAUCAGCCGGACGAAUAAGGACGGCAGAAACGACGACGACGCGGCUGCGUCCGAGCGAGAAAAGGGUAAGAUGGUCAUUACCAACCCCGAGGACGGUAGCGGCGGCAAGCCGUAUCAGGCUGCUGCGGAUGGCGAUCUCCGUCUCAUCCACCACGACCCACGUCCCGAUGCAGCUGACGUACUGCUAUCGCCUCCCCCGUCGUCGGCCGACCUAUCCGAAGAGGACCUGUUUGGCAACCGCGCCAGGCCCUCCUCGAGCUCGAGCACGCCAGCCUCGGGUAAAGCACGCCAAACGUACGGAGAGGGGGAGACGCUGCAAUGGUUCCACAAGGCUCGCCGUGCACUGCGACGUCAGCAGAGCAUAAGGAAAGCUGCAGCAGCGGCUGCAGCAUCAGCGGUGGGAGACGAUCUGCCGCGCGGUCAGCGUCACCUCGCAAUGGACGACCACGACUUUAUCUUUGGCGCAGCAGAUUCCGAUGCCGAUCUGUCGAUCCGCUCCGAUGGUCCCUCGCUUGUUCACCGUGAGACACGUUCCUCGACUCGGGCAAGGUCUAUUCGUGAGAAUGCCAGAGCCAUCGCAGAGGCAGAAGCAGGUGCCAUCCGCGAUGCUAUCAUGGCUGACGGCACGGGUCAGGUACCGGCGGAGCUAGCUGAAAGGAUUCGACGUGAUGAUGAGGUUGCGUCAGCAUCUGCGACUGCCACUGAAGCAUUUGCUGGUCGAGCUAGUGGGAGGCACCGAACACGCAGUGCAUCGGCUGGCGGUGUUGGUGCUGCUGCCUCGCAGCUGACAGGCAACGCGCUAGGAAUGGGCAAUCCGUGCGGAAGCGUGCUUGGCUUUGGCAACUCGGACGCCAUUGUAGUGAGCGGCGGCUGCGAUCGUGACGUGCGCGUGUGGGACCUCCGCACAGGAGAGUGCAAGCACGUGUUGCAUGGCCACACGUCGACAGUGCGUUGCCUCAAGGUGCUCGACGGCAAACCGAUUGCUGUGUCCGGAUCGCGAGACUCAACGCUGCGCGUGUGGAAUGUCGAGACGGGCGAACAUCUGCAUCUGCUUGCGGGCCACCAGCACUCUGUACGAUGCAUUGAAGUGGCUGGCAACAAGGUCGCCUCUGGCAGCUACGACGGCACUUGCCGUAUUUGGGACCUUGACACGGGACGAUGCCUGCAUACGCUCCGUGGCCACAUUCACUACAUUUAUGCUGUUGCGUUUGACGGAAAGCGCGUGGCGACGGGAUCGCUCGAUUCGACGGUCCGCGUGUGGUCAGCAGAAACGGGCGACUGCCUAGCAUUGUUCCAAGGUCACACAUCGCUCGUGGGUCAACUGCAGUUGUUGGACGAUACGUUGGUCACGGGUGGCUCGGAUGGACGCGUGAUUGUGUUCAGUCUCAAUACCUACGAGUGCCUGCACCGGCUCUGCGCGCACGACAACUCGGUGACAUGUCUGCAGUUUGACGAUCGUUACAUUGUCACCGGUGGCAACGAUGGCCGGGUCAAGCUGUGGGAUUUUGCGACGGGCAAGUUCAUUCGCGAGAUCUGCGAACCAUGCGAACAGGUGUGGAAGGUGAGCUACCGCGAUGACAAGGUGGUGGUGUUGUGUAAGAGGGGCGAAAAGACAUGCAUGGAUGUUAUCACAUUCCGGCCUGCCGCGGACGAGAUGUGA